UGUUAUCCCCGAUGUAAAGGGUUAUCCCCUUUUGGCUCAGUAGUGAUCAUCAAAAGGGAAUGUGAGGCUGCACUACGAUGUCUUCCAUCCAGAACUCACCCGACGUCACCACACAGAGCGAUCCGACCUCCGUCUUCGUCUGCUACUCGACCGCCGACGAAACAUUCGCUCACCAACUCACACUCAACCUCUCAGACCUCGGAUUUCGCGUCCACGACAUCGGCCUCACAUUCUUCGACGCCUACAGAGUCAAAGUCGAGCAGGCGAUCGCCAACUGCGACUACUACAUCGUCGUUUUUAGUUUUGCGUUUUUUUCUGAGAAAUUCGCGAAUGAGCAAUUGAACGUUCUCUUCGAUUCUUACGUUUUUCGCCCGGGACGAGGCGGCAAGGUGCUGCCGAUCGUGAGGGAGAUGUCGUGGCGCGAACUGCGGGAGAAGUCGCCGCUCUUCGGGACGAUGAGGCCGAUGGAUUGCGGGAAGUCGGACGAUGACGUCAGAAGGCUGGCCAAGUUGUUCUAUGGUGUUGUGAAGAAAGAUGGUCGUAGUUUGCCUGCUAGCUCUAAUAUGUGGGAAUGGGAAGAGGACGUCAUCACCAAAUGUUCCAACUCUUGUUUAGCCGUUCGACUUGUGCAGCUUGUUGAUUCAACUGGCAGUUUUUCAACGGUUCUUGUGACUGACCAUCAGCCCAACAGCAAAGACCAAUCCGGAGAUCUUAUUGUACAGGUAGACGGCGAAUCGUUUGUGGGACUGUCUUUGGAUGCUCUCAAAUCUAUUGCCAAACGAUGUCAAACGAACUCUGUAUAUCUUCGCUAUCAAGUUCGAAGAAGAAAGUCGCCAACGACGUUGUUGUUUUACUUUGAUUCGAUACGUAGACGUGCACAACAAAAGCAACACGAGCUUGCUCUUCCGACUGCAGAGACUGUCGAUGCUUAUUGGAGUAGAACGAGGAUUUCACUGAAUGUGACCACUCCUCUUGUUGACCUUGGACUUGAAUCAUGGAAGACUCCAGAUGGAGCUGAUUAUGUUUUGGUAACCAACCCUCCCACUGGAUAUCCACUGUUGUAUGGAGACAGAGUGAUCUCUAUUGACAACAACUACAUCGAUCUCACUCACAUUGAUCUCUCUACCAUAAAUAAGAAGUUAUGUGAUGAACAAAAUCAAGUGAAACUGACAGUCUGGAAGCGUCGUUCACCUGAUGAUAAGAUGCAAAACGUUAAGAUGUUACCAAGUAAUAAGAAAUUGUGGCCUCAUCAGCUAGAACAGUGUCUCAUAUACAAGACGAAUGGAGAAUUUGGAUUGACACUAAUGAGAAUAAAAGAUCCAAUAACAAAGCAAGCGUUGCCUGUCAUCAAGAGUUCAGCUGCAUCUGGUCUCUUUUAUGGAGAUUUGAUUGUCAUGUUGGCUGAUAAGGAAAUCACUGACUAUAAUGAAGCUCUCAAGAUAUUUCAUGAAGUGGCAGAUAAGCAGGAAGUUACCCUAGGAGUUAGACAACCAAACAAAGAGAGGCUGGUAGAUCAUAUCCAACGGUUUUAUACCGAGGAUUCUAAUGCAUCAGUAGACACUGAAGACUCAGACUAUAGCAGUGAGGGUGAGCAAGAAGGUAAUACAAUGGAAGACGUGAACAAAUUCAGUCAUGGUGAUUCCACGGCAAUUGUUGGUCAACAACUGAAGCGCUUGGACUUAGAAGAUGUGGUCACAGUGAACGAGGAGCAGGCGUCGACUCCAUUUCCUCAUCAAGUUACAGAGGUAGAGGGUGAACAAGAUGCUGACCCACGGAGUCAAUAUUGUAGUGAAAGUCGGACAGAAUUUCAAUCUUUUGGAGAACUAACGCACAAAAAUGAACAAGCAAAGUGGUCUGCUAGUGUGCUUCCUCAGAAAAUUUUGCAACAACGAUUGAUAUCUCUAACUAGUGAGACACAGUCAGGAUGUGGGAGACAGAAGCUGGCAGAGGAUCUUAUUAGGAAACACUGGCGUAGACUGGUAGCAAAAUUGGACGCAGAUGAUGUCGUCGAUCAUUUAUAUGAACGAAAGAUAAUAUCCUUUAAUGAGAUGGAGAAGGUUAAUGACACCGAAGAUAUUAACAAAAAGAGGAAAACUUUACUGAAGUUUAUUGUAAAACGUCCGUGGGUUGACGGAGUACAAUUUGCGACGAUACUUUCAGGUAGUAAAGCCAACCACGAACUUGGACGAAUGUUGCUACGCAAUGCAGGGUCUGAACUGGUUGGAAAUCCAGACUCUGUUGAUGACUCUUCACUUCCCUCUGACUUGCACAGUUUUGUUCAGUCGGCCGUGGAGGGUCAGCUGGAACAGAAAUUCAAAUCUAUAUUGGACAUGAUGAAGGAGGUAGCUGAUUGUUUGACUGACAAGUGUGAUGCCUAGGUUUUCCAUGUAGGGUUAUUGAUAUCAACCAGUAGUAAAGAAUGUUAAUUGCCAAUGUAUUUGUUGUUAUAGAAUAGGAAAUUUUACAGAUUAGUGCAAACACUGUGGCUUGUUUGCAGUCACUCGUAACUGAUUUUUAUUGUUUUUAUAGACAAGUCGAUCUCAUUUAUUUGUAUGUUUUAGAAUUUGUCGUGCAGAUUGGUUAUUAUGUGUGAAUGAGUUA